ACACUGGGUCGAUAUGUGAGUCUGUGGGUCUUGUUGUAGUGAGUCUAUGAGUAUGUGGGUCUCUGUGUGAGUCUAUAGGUCUCUGUGUGAAUCUAUGAGUCUCGGUUUGAACAUAUGGGUAUCUGUGUGAGUCUAUGGGUAUCAGUAUGAGUUUAUGGGUGUCGGUGUAAGUCUAUAGGUCUCGGUGUGAGUCUAUAGUUCUCGGUGUGAGUCUAUCGUUCUCCGUGGGAGUCUAUGGGUCUCUGUAUAGAGGGAGAGGUAUCAAAUUUCAUAGAAAUAAAUACAGGUAGGGAAUAGCGUGAGAUGAGAGGGCAGAGGCAGGUGAGUGCAUGGAGCGGAGUGGAGUGAGAUGAGAGGGGCGAGAUAGAGUGCCUGGAAUCUAAUCGAGUUAUGCCAUCUCGUACGAGUUCCGUGUAUCCUGUCAUUUCACUAAAGCGGCUCAAACCAUCCCGGGGGAGGGGGCGCAUUGCUGAUGAUUUGGUGGUGAUGCACGCACGAUUCUACGACAUAAACUGAAACCCAGUGACGCGACCACCGUUUACGCAGGUGGGGGCAGUAGGUGACACGGCAGAGCCGUGUAUAUAAGGAAGGUGGCUGGGUGGGGGGGUUGCGUUCAGAGUUGACAUUAGCCAGCGUUCUAGAUUUUAAGUUUUUGUGACUGCAAGGAUCCAUACUCUUUGUUUUUUUCGGUAAAGUCAGGUAGGUGAAAAAAAUAAUAUUUUUUGUUGUUUUUACUUUUUAUUUUCUUUUCUUAUUAUUUUCACCUACGUUACUUUACCGAAAGAACCAAAGAGUAUUAGCGAGCGUCUUGCUGGUGGCCUUGAGUCGAGAUACCAGGAGAUAUGGCCAACGCUGAGUACGUGAGAGUCGGCGAGAAGUUGGACAGCUGCACGUUUAGGACGCAGUUUUUAAACUUUAAAAGAUCCAAGUCGCAUAUAUGCUACGUUAUCUUUGAAUUAAAACGGCAGAAUAGCCGCGUCCGUUUUUGGGGCUAUGCUGUGAAUAAACCACGGAGCGAGGCAGACCUAGGAUAUCACGCCGAAAUUUUUUGCAUUAAAAAAGUCAAAGAGUACCUGCUCGAAAACCCUGGAAAAUACACGAUAAAUUGGUACUCAUCCUGGAGUCCGUGUGCAAAUUGCGCUGAAAAGAUCUUAAAUUGGUAUAACAAGAAGCUGAUGGGGAAAGGACACACUUUGAAAAUCUGGGCUUGCAAACUCUAUUUCGAGAACAUUAAGCGGAAUCAAAUUGGGCUGUGGAACCUCAGAAAUAACGGGGUUGGAUUGGCAAUAAUGCUUGGUGAACACUACCAAUGGUGCUGGAACAACUACAUCCAAACGUUGGGCCGCAAUUUGAAUGAAAAUAAAUGGCUUAAGAAGACUUCGAAUCGAGCUCUUACACGACGGAGCGAGUUGUCCAUUAUGAUUCAGGUAAAAAGACUCCACACCGCUAAGACUCCUGAUGUUUAGAGGCUAUGCGGAUGGAAUUCGGGUAACAGACUCACAUUAAUAAUGUAUUUAUAGUUUGAUGUUAAUGUACAAUUCUAUUCAGUGACUGUGUGAUCUUGGUGUGGUCUGGAACUGUUUUUGAUGUUGUUUAAUGCUCCCUUUUUCGAAGCUUGGGUAUUGAGGAUGCAAUUUUAAGUUAUAGACUUUGUUUAUGUAUUUAAGGGUCUCCACGGUGGCUAGGAGAUGUUAACUUCCUCGCCUGGUAUACAGGAGGUCGGGGGUUCGAUCCCAACUUUGACGCCUGCUGCUGCUGUAUAUUUGGAGUUUGCGUCUCUCUCUCUCCCCGUGGUCGCGUGGAUUUUUACUCCAGGUCAUCCGGUUUUUCCCUCCACAUUUAAUAUCGUGCAUUGAGAUUGCUUAGAGUAUUGUGGUGCUAUAAACUUCCACACGAUAAGCCACUUUGUUGAGCUGUCAUUUGUGGCCAGGUCGCUUCUGAACAAUAAGUUAAUAACCUGUGUGGGCUUUGCCUGGUAGGAUGGGGAUGGUUUAGUGUUGUACAGUCUUUGUAUGUGUCUGGGUGAUGUUGUGUUUAUCUGGCUUGUGCUUUGCACAACUACUAUCGUGAUUUUGUACCUGGUUUGUUGUAACGUCCUUAUUCCGUGACCCUACUGGACAUUUGUGAUGAAAGUGCUUUUUAGCUCAUCGGAUUCCUCCAGUGUAAUUAAAUAGUCUGAUUAAUAACCACACCACUAACCCUCCUGCUCUUCACUAGCUAUGUGGAUAUAUGGGACAUCAUAAGUUGGCUUCAUUCCGAAUAAACCGCACACUGCGAACGUUAUCAUUUGUUGUAUCGAGAACAAAGGCUGUGCUUAGGAUUUGCUGGUAAGAGUUCUUCAUUUGAGGCUGAGUCGAUCCAGAGGAGGCCCAGGACCGGUUCAGAUAAUCGCUAUCACUUGUGGUGGCCAUGAGUGGGAGUCGAACUCGGGUCUCUGCCAGGUUCGUUGCGCGUUGCACUAAACUAAAA